AUGUCUCAACCCAUAAUCACCUUGUACGACAUUCCCUCCACCGUACCCCAACCAUGGGCUCCAAGUAUAUGGCGUAUACGCUUCAUCCUCAAUUACAAACGACUCCAUUACCGCACCGUCUGGAUCGACUUCUCAGACGUGGAGGCGACCUUACGCAGCAUCAACGCACCUCCAACAUCCUACAAAAGCGAUGGUCGACCCGUGUACUCGCUGCCGGUAAUCAUCGACCCUAUCCGCACGUCGCCCGUUGUCCUGUCAAAUGCCAAUAUCAUUGCCGAUUACCUCGAGCUCACGUACCCAGCGCGGCCGGUCUUUCCCGAUGGUUCACGCGCACUGCAGUCGCUCUUCGUCCAUUACAUCCAGGAGACAUUCGCGAGGCCUCUGCUUCCUAUCCUCGUGCCUCUGACCCACCAGGCCCUGCCAGAGCGUAGCCAGGCCCAUUUCCGCGGCGCUGGCGCCGGCCCCUCGUCCGUGCAGAUGACGGGGCAGCAGAGGGAACAGGCCUGGCGGGCGGUCAAGGAGCAAUUUGACUUCCUCGCGAGUAUCCUGGACAAGAACACGGGCAGCGAUGGUAACGGUGUCGUCGCCAUGGGCCACGACGUUAGCUAUGCAGAUUUCGCACUGUGUUCCGUACUGAUUUGGAUUGAACGCGUUUCGCCGCACGACGGUUGGGCUCGGGUGAGACAGUGGAACAACCAGCGAUGGGUCAGGCUUUGGGAAAAAUGCAGGGACUAUAUGGACGCUUUAUGA